AUGAACCACAGCGUAGUUUCUGAGUUCCUGAUUCUGGGCCUCACCAGAAGCCCAACACUCCGGGGAGUUUUCUUUUUUGUGUUCCUCUUCAUCUACCUGGCGGCGUUCCUGGGCAAUGCGCUCAUUGUGGUGGCCAUCAUCUGCAACACCACCUUGCACACCCCCAUGUAUGUUUUCCUGCUGGCCCUGGCCAUUGUGGAUAUUGUCUGCACCACAACCAUAAUACCCAAGAUGCUGUGGGCCAUGCUGACAGCUCAAAAGACCAUCUCCUAUGUGGGCUGCAUGUCCCAGCUCUUCUUCUUCACAUGGUCUCUGGGAGCUGAGAUGGUUCUUUUCACCACCAUGGCCUAUGACCGCUACGUGGCCAUCUGCUUCCCCCUUCACUAUAGCACCAUCAUGAACCCCUACAUGUGUGUGGCCUUGCUCAGCAUUGUCAUGGCUAUUGCAGUCACCAAUUCCUGGGUGCACACAGGUCUUAUUCUGAGGCUAAAUUUCUGCGGGCCGAACACCAUUGACCACUUCUUCUGCGAGAUACCCCCACUGCUGGCUCUGUCCUGCAGCCCUGUGAGAGUCAAUGAAGUGAUGGUGUGUGUGGCAGAUAUCACUCUGGCCAUAGGAGACUUCACCCUCACGUGCAUCUCCUAUGGGUUUAUCAUUGCUGCCAUUCUCCGCAUCCGCACAGCAGAAGGUAAAAAGAAAGCCUUCUCAACCUGCUCCUCCCACCUCAUAGUGGUGUCCCUGUACUAUUCCCCUGUUAUCUACACCUAUAUCCGCCAUGCUUCCAGCUACACAUUUGAAAGGGACAAGGUGGUGGCUGCGCUAUACACUCUGGUGACACCCACAUUGAAUCCCAUUGUGUAUAGCUUCCGGAACAAAGAGAUGCAGACAGGGAUGAAGAAGGUGUUCUCCUUUCUGAAGUGCUAG